AUGAAUCUACCUGAAACAUAUGUGAGUAGUAAUACACUGAGAGUCCUUCAAGAGUAUCAGUUCAAUUGUUCAUCCACUAAUAUAACCAGUCUUAUAUUGGGUAUUAAUAUAAGGGAAGCUACUGGUAGUCGUAAUUUCUAUCCCAGUGUCCAGGUCUUUAGACCUAAUGGUAGUCUAGUGACUGGUAGUGAGAGAACUAUUUAUUAUUCUACCUCUAAUGUCAGUACUAGUGGAGUGUUUGAAUAUCCACUCAAUCCUCCUAUACCAGUAAUGAGUGGAGACCUAAUAGCUGUAUCACAACGAGGACAGGCAAGCAGUGCUGUUAGAGUCUAUUAUAUCAGUGGUAUAACAGCAAAUAGUCAGGAGUUUAGCUAUGGUAAUACUUAUGUUGACUUAAAUAAAAGUCAAAUCACAAAUCAGUUGAUAUUAGUAUAUCCAGUAACAGAUGGAUACUGUGUUAAUAGUGCCAAUUCAAUCAAUGCUUCAUUUAUUAAAGAGAAAGCACUUGAAGUACAAAGACCACAAGUCUUCUAUCUUCAACACCAGUUCAUUUAUCCAUGGAUUGUAUUCUCAUGUAAUGGAUCAGUUACUAAAUGGAUCUUUGGAGCUAAAAAUAAUGGAAACACUCCUAUUCAAUCUGAGUUCCAAAUAUGGCGUCAACUGGGUCCCAAUAAUUACAAUAAAAUAGGAUCUAGUUUAGUUAAUGCUAAUACAAUGAUUGGUACUAAUCUCUAUGAGUUUAUUCCUCAGACUCCACUGCAGUUCCAGGAAGGAGACAUAUUUGGUGUUUAUAGUUAUAAGAUUGAUGGGGAAAGAUUAGUUCUAUAUGAACAAAGAGAGAGUGGACCAACUAACCUACGAAUCAAUUCUAAUCUUAACUCUCCUCCAUUAAAAAUAACUGAAGUACUAGCAACAACCAACAAUGACUUCCCUUUAAUUACUGUGGAGAUAAGUGUUAGUACUGAUUCUGUUCUUGUUACUACCUCAUCUGUGGAGAAUAGUCCAGUAAUUUCUAUUACUUCAUUUCCAAGUAUUAUAAAUUCUCCACCUUCUACUGAAUCUUUUCAUUCACAAUCCUCCUACUUACAAACUUUAAACAUUGUCUCUCAAUCAAUGGGAUAUAUUGAUAUUUCAUCAUCUCAAGUAUUAAUGAAUUCAUCAGAAACUCUAAUACCAACAAGCACUCAAACUAAUAAUGCCAUUACUAGUAUCACUACUACCACUAGUACCGCAAGUACUAGUGGUAGUGAUAGAGUGUCAUUUAUGACAACAACAGAUGGUACUUUACUAUCAACUUCAUCAUCAAAUGUCAUAGGCAACCCUGCAAGCAACACUAGUGGGUCAAUAACAAUCAUCAUUGCUGCAGUGUCAUCAUUGUUAUUACUAGUGGCUGUUGGACUAGUUGUGUCAUUGUUAGUUGUUAUUACUGCUUGCCGUAUAAAGAGAAAGAAGAGUAGAGGGAUUGAUUCUGUUUCUCAGGAUAGAGACAGUGGCUUAAAUAAUCCAACAUACGGAGAUAAUUGUUAUGCUAACACAAAACAUAAUCUUUGUAUAAAUUCAAAAGAACGAAGUUGUUCUUAUGAAAUUACUAAUGAUGUAUACGGAGAGCAAGAGCUAGUAGGCUCACUGAAUCCCUUACUACCAACAAAUGAUGGCAUAUCUAAUACACUGAUGACUUUAGAAAUGAACGAUGUAUUGUAUGGAAACAAUGAAACUGAAGGACUCUAUUCAGAAGCAGUUGCUGCCCCUACUUCUGCUCUGGUGAGUAUACAGAAUCCAAUAAACAUCAGUAGCUAA